GCCCCCUUGCCCUGGACGCCGGAAGCAUCGCGGAAGUGGACAUGCGCACGCUUCCGGGCCUGGGCGCCAUUUCCAGCGGCCCGGGUUUUUGCCUGGGUUGUAGCCCCCCGAGAACAUGAGCUAUGACUACCACCAGAACCGGGGCCGCGACGGGGGUCCCCGCAGCUCCGGCGGGGGGCAUGGCGGGGGCCGCGGCGGCGGAGGAGGAGGCCGAGGCGGCCGGGGCCGGCAUCCCGGGCACCUGAAGGGCCGCGAGAUCGGCUUGUGGUACGCUAAGAAGCAGACGCAGAAGAACAAGGAUGCCGAGCGGCAGGAGAGAGCUGUGGUACACAUGGACGAACGCAGAGAAGAACAGAUUGUUCAGCUGCUGAAUUCUGUCCAAGCGAAGAAUGAUCCGGAAUCGGAAGCGCAGAUAUCCUGGUUUGCUCCUGAGGAUCAUGGCUAUGGGACUGAAAUUUCUGCUGAGAACAAAGCAAGCUUGGAAAGGAGAGUAGACAACCAGGAAAAGAAAUUGAUAAACCAAGAAAAAAGGCCAUUUAGAAUCAGAGAUAAAUCAUACAUUGACCGAGAUGCUGAGUAUCUUUUGCAAUCAAAUGAACCUGAUGCAAGCUUAGACCAAAAAUUAUUGGAAGAUUUACAAAAGAAAAAAGCAGACCUUCGGUAUAUUGAAAUGCAGCGUUUCAGGGAAAAGCUGCCUUCGUAUAGAAUGCAAAAGGAAUUGAUCAAUUUAAUUGAUAGUCAUCAGGUCACAGUGAUAAGUGGUGAAACGGGCUGUGGGAAAACCACCCAGGUGACGCAGUUCAUCCUGGAUGACCACAUUGAGCGAGGAAAGGGCUCGGCCUGCAGGAUCGUGUGCACGCAGCCGCGCAGGAUCAGCGCCAUCUCCGUGGCCGAGAGAGUGGCUGCGGAAAGAGCAGAAUCCUGUGGUGGUGGUAAUAGCACCGGAUACCAAAUUCGUCUCCAGAGCCGCUUGCCAAGGCAGCAGGGUUCUAUCUUGUACUGUACAACAGGAAUCAUUCUCCAGUGGCUCCAGUCAGACCCCCAUUUAUCCAGUGUUAGUCACAUCGUGCUUGAUGAAAUCCAUGAAAGAAAUCUACAGUCCGAUGUUCUGAUGACGGUCGUGAAAGAUAUUCUGAAUUUUCGGUCUGACCUGAAAGUGAUUCUGAUGAGUGCCACGUUGAAUGCUGAGAAAUUUUCAGAGUAUUUUGGUAACUGUCCAAUGAUACAUAUACCUGGCUUUACUUUUCCGGUUACAGAGUAUCUGUUGGAAGACAUAAUUGAAAAAAUAAGAUAUGUUCCAGAACAAAAAGAACACAGAUCCCAGUUUAAGAGGGGUUUUAUGCACGGGCACGUAAACAGACAAGAAAAGGAAGAAAAGGAAGCAAUCUAUAAAGAACGGUGGCCAGAUUACGUGAGGGCAUUGCGGAGAAGGUAUUCUGCAAGCACAGUAGAUGUUUUGGAAAUGAUGGAUGAUGACAAAGUGGAUUUGAAUUUGAUUGCUGCCCUCAUCCGAUACAUUGUUUUGGAAGAAGAGGAUGGUGCAAUACUGGUCUUUCUCCCAGGCUGGGACAACAUCAGCACUUUACAUGAACUCCUGAUGUCGCAAGUCAUGUUUAAAUCAGAUAAGUUCAUUAUUAUACCUCUACAUUCACUGAUGCCUACAGUUAAUCAAACGCAGGUAUUUAAAAAAACCCCUCCUGGUGUUCGAAAAAUAGUCAUUGCUACCAACAUUGCGGAGACUAGUAUUACCAUAGAUGAUGUCGUUUAUGUGAUAGAUGGAGGAAAAAUUAAAGAGACACACUUUGACACUCAGAAUAACAUCAGCACAAUGGCUGCAGAGUGGGUGAGCAAAGCUAAUGCCAAGCAGAGGAAAGGUCGAGCUGGAAGAGUUCAGCCUGGGCAUUGUUACCAUCUGUACAACGGGCUUCGAGCGAGUCUGCUAGAUGACUAUCAGCUGCCAGAAAUUUUAAGAACUCCUUUGGAAGAACUAUGUUUACAGAUAAAGAUUUUAAAGCUAGGUGGAAUUGCCUGUUUCCUGAGGAGGUUAAUGGACCCGCCGUCAGAUGAGGCAGUGUUGCUGUCCAUCAGACACCUGAUGCAACUGAAUGCGUUGGAUAAACAAGAAGAGUUGACCCCUCUUGGAGUGCACUUAGCACGCUUACCAGUCGAGCCCCACAUUGGAAAGAUGAUCCUUUUCGGAGCUCUCUUCUGCUGCCUCGACCCAGUGCUCACCAUUGCUGCCAGUCUCAGCUUCAAAGAUCCUUUUGUCAUCCCAUUGGGAAAAGAAAAAGUUGCAGAUGCAAGAAGAAAAGAAUUGGCUAAAGAAACUAGAAGUGACCACCUAACAGUUGUGAAUGCAUUUGAGGGCUGGGAAGAAGCUAGACGACGUGGUUUCAGAUAUGAAAAGGACUAUUGCUGGGAAUAUUUUCUGUCUUCAAACACACUGCAGAUGCUGCACAACAUGAAAGGACAGUUUGCUGAGCAUCUUCUGGGCGCUGGGUUUGUGGACAGCAGAAGUCCCAAAGAUCCAAAGGCUAACAUAAAUUCAGACAAUGAGAAGAUAAUCAAAGCUGUCAUCUGUGCUGGCCUGUACCCGAAAGUUGCUAAAAUUCGAAUAAAUUUGGGUAAAAAAAGAAAAAUGGUGAAAGUGUACACAAAAACUGAUGGCUUGGUUGCUCUUCAUCCCAAGUCUGUUAAUGUGGAGCAGACAGACUUUCAGUACAACUGGCUUAUCUAUCACCUGAAGAUGAGAACGAGCAGUAUAUACUUGUAUGACUGCACGGAAGUUUCCCCGUACUGUCUCUUGUUUUUCGGAGGCGAUAUCUCCAUCCAGAAGGACAACGAUCAGGAAACAAUUGCUGUGGACGAAUGGAUUGUCUUCCAGUCUCCAGCAAGAAUUGCCCAUCUUGUUAAGGAAUUAAGAAAGGAACUAGAUAUCCUUCUGCAAGAGAAGAUCGAAAGUCCUCAUCCUGUGGACUGGAAGGACACGCAGUCCAGAGACUGUGCCGUGCUGUCAGCCAUCACGGACCUGAUCAAGACCCAGGAGAAGGCGGUCCCCAGGAACCUUCCUCCUCGGGGCCAGGAUGGCUGCUGCAGCUGACGGCCCCUGCUGGGACUCUGACAGCCUGUUUCACACCCACUCUUCCAUCAGAAUUAAUUUUUGGCUAGAUGGCAAACUGGGGGACACAUUGAUUUUUGUGUGUAAGGUAGAAAAAUCUGGAGUACUUGUAAAGACGUAAUGUGCAUGACUUAGUGGUGUUAUCUGUAGCUAUUAUAAAUAUACCAUUCAGCCAGUAUGUUCUCCAAUAAUACGCCUUUUGGGAGUUAUGUCCAAAAUUUUGAGUGUUCUUAUACAGGAGUAUUGUACUUCAUAAAUUCCUUUGUUUUGUUAUAUAAAAUUGAUAUGCCAUAAUUAAGGAGUUUAAAGCCAGUGAAA